UAAUUUUUCAAUAAAAUCUCGCAGACACUUGACUAAACUUUAUUCAGUGUUGAAUCGCUUGUAAAGUGCGAGGCUAACAUCAUGGCUAAGGAUAAUUUAACCGCUGUUCUCUACGGAGUUGAAGACUUGCGAUUGGAACAACGUCCAAUCCCAGAAAUUGAAGAUCAUGAGGUACUUAUCGAGAUGGACUGCAUUGGUGUCUGCGGUACAGACAUCCACUACUUCGUGCACGGAAAAGUCGGUGAUGUUGUCGUAGACAGGCCAUGGAUCAUUGGACACGAAUCAUCUGGUGUCAUUGCUAAAGUUGGAAAGAAUGUUACAACUCUAAAGCCUGGCGAUCGUGUCGCCAUUGAACCUGGUGCAGGUUGCAGAGUUUGUGAAUUCUGCAAGAAAGGCAGAUACAACCUAUGCAAGAGUCUUGUCUAUUGCGCAACACCACCAAUUCAUGGUGGCAAUCUCACACGUUACUACAAGCACAUUCCAGAUAUCUGUUUCAAAUUACCCGAUCAUGUGAGUAUGGAAGAAGGUGGUCUGCUAGAACCUCUUGCUUGUGGUGUCCAUGCCUGCCGACGAGCUGGUAUUGAGCUUGGUUCUGAGGUUUUGAUUCUUGGCUCAGGCCCAAUCGGUCUAGUCACUCUUGCCACAGCCCAAGCAAUGGGAGCAUCCAAAGUUAUCAUCACCGAUAUGCUACAAAGUCGACUUGAUAUCGCUAAGAGCAUGGGUGCUACAGCAACAUUGCUUAUUACAAAGGAUAUGACAGAAGAAGAACAAGUUAAGAAAGUUCACGAAUUGUUGGGUUCGGAACCAGACAGAGUUGUCGAUUGUUUCGGUGGAGAACCAACUGCUCGAUUGGGUAUUCUGGCAUGCCGAUCUGGUGGUAUUGUUGCUGUGAUGGGAAUGGCUCAUGCUGAAGCUAAGAUUCCACUAAUCAAUGCUCUUGUGAAAGAGAUUGAUAUUCGCGGAGUUUUCCGCUACAGUAAUGACUAUCCCGCUGCCUUGGCUAUGGUAGCUAAUGGCUCCAUCGAUAUCAAGAAAUUGGUCACUCACCACUUCGACAUUACUGAAACGAAAAAGGCCUUCGAUGUCGCCCGCUAUGGCCAUGGAGGUGCCAUCAAAGUCAUGAUUCAUUGUCAACCACGUAACAAGAAUAAUCAAAAACCAUUUUAAUUAUAGCGAUCAUUGAUUUCAUAUGUCUACAAUAAAAA